AUGUCUGGAAUCAACCCCGGUGACAGCUUCCCCGCUGACGUGGUCUUCUCCUACAUCCCCUGGUCUGAGGACAAGGGUGAGAUCACCUCUUGCGGUAUCCCCAUCAACUACUACGCCUCCAAGGAGUGGGCCGACAAGAAGGUCGUCCUCUUCGCCCUCCCCGGUGCUUUCACCCCCGUCUGCUCCGCCCGCCACGUCCCCGAGUACGCUGAGAAGCUUCCCGAGCUCCGUGAGAAGGGUGUCGACGUUGUUGCCGUCCUUGCCUACAACGAUGCCUACGUCAUGAGCGCCUGGGGCAAGGCCAACCAGGUCACCGGUGACGACAUCCUCUUCCUUUCCGACCCCGAGGCCCGCUUCUCCAAGAGCCUCGGCUGGGCUGAUGAGGAGGGCCGCACUGGUCGCUAUGCCAUCAUCAUCGACCACGGCAAGGUCACCUACGCCAAGCGCGAGCCCGCUAAGAACCACCUCGAGUUCUCCUCCGCUGAGACCAUCCUCAAGAACCUGUAA